CUUUUUAAUAAGUCCUAUGUAUGCUGUAUAUUCAGUAGUUAACAUAAAUGAAUAUUUAAAUAUUUAAGAUUUAUCAUAUGUUGAAGGAAUCAUGAUGACCCAUCAAAUAUCUCCUACAUUGUAUCAACAUUAGCUUGUUCUAGUGCUAGUGUGUGUGUAUGCACACACAAAUCGAUCUAUUGGUUCGAUCUGCAAGAAUGCUGCAUAUGAUUUUUGCUAGUUAUUCUGGUAAUAUUCACUCUCCACACCUCACACCUUUAUAGGUACUAUGGAUACUAAUAGUAGCUCAUCAUGGUUCAGUUUUCUCUUAUUGCUUUAGAUAAACAAGAAAAAUUUACGAGCCAAAAGUAGGCAUGCAUUUACAUGGUACAUAAUCAAAUAAUAAUAGAAAAAUCUUUUUUCAAAUAAAUCAAAGCCGUCCUGGAUCCUCUGACAUGCAUUGCAUUGCAUGAGGCCAACACUUAGUGAAUGUUGAAAGGACUGUAUACAGUAUAUGCUAUCAUCCAAUGCUAAAACUUGAAAUUAGCUUCAGCUGGUGUGUCCAUAGCCCUAUCACACUCCUCAACCUUAAAGCUACUUCCAUUUUCUGAAAACACACUUAGUCCAGUUCUUACUCGGUGGGUGAGAAACAGAUAAGUGGACCUCCCAAGAGAAGUUGGAGGGUAUUUUUCAAGUUGCAUAAAUAAUGAGAAAUAUUUUUAGGAAAUCAUACUUCCUAUUAGGUGCCUUGCACGUGCCCAACACUAGUUUAUUUAAUGUUAGAAGGAUAAUAAGCCUUGAAAUGUUCACAAUCUGCUGUCAGCUGUACUAGUUAAAACCCGAACUUUCAUGUUCCUUGUUCUCUGCAGCAACUCCACCCCUCAACCCCACCCCCAAAAAAUUAUUUCUUGGUUUCUUUCUUCUUUGGAAGCUUUAUCAGGAACAUAAAAGAAUGAUAAAAAUCUGAACCCUAGAAAGGAAAUCAGGAAAUAUAGAUGAUCUUUUCUUCACUCCCUUCCUACCUCUAAGAAGAGAGAAGACAAGUGGAAGAGAGGAAGGAGAAGGUGGGGAGGGUGAUGGCAUUGGUGCUGGUAAGCAUCGCUGGGAAAGCUAAGCUCUGGAGGCUUGAUGGUAAUGCCAUUUUCAAGAAAGAAUGCAUUGGAGCUGCCAUGGAUGCCUACACCGAGGCAAUUACUUUGUGCCCAAAUGUGGCAGUGUAUUGGACAAACCGGGCACUCUGCUAUCAGAAGCGGAAGUCUGCAAAAGCAAUAUAUAUCUCUUGUUCUCCUUUUUCAAUAAUUUCUCUUCAUUAUGUUGAUGGGUUUUGCAUUUCGUUGCUUGUUGCAUUUGGUAGAGAGUGGACAAAAGUUGAAGAGGAUUGCAGAAAAGCUCUCGAACUUGAUAGCAAUUCUGUUAAGGCUCACUAUAUGCUAGGGCUUGCAUUGAUAGAAAGGCAAGAAUUUGCUGGGGGAAUCAAACAACUGCACAAGGCUUUUGAUCUGGGGAGAGGGAGAAACCCUGUGGGAUGUAUGGUGGAGGAGAUUUGGCAGACUCUUGCCAAAGCAAAGUACAUGGAAUGGGAACUUUCAUGGAGCAAUCAUGCGUGGAGGCUGCAAAAUUUGAAGGAGGCCUGUGAGAGAGCUUUGGCAGAGUAUCAUUUUCUUGAUAAUUCUCUAGCUGAAGAUGCAUCAAAAGAUGCUGCUGAUGAUCAUUCUGAACAACUUGAACUCCUAAACGAAGUGUUCUGUAAAGCUGCACAAGCUGACAUGCCGACACAAGUGCCUGACUACUUGUGCUGUAAGAUUACACUUGAUAUCUUCCGGGAUCCUGUGAUCACCCCAAGUGGUGUUACCUAUGAAAGGGCAGUGCUUCUUGAGCAUCUUAAGCAGGUGGGCAAGUUUGACCCAGUCACAAGGGAGCCGCUUGAACAACACCAGUUGGUGCCAAAUCUGGCCCUCAAAGAAGCUGUGCAAGCAUAUCUGAAUGAGCAUGGCUGGGCUUAUAACAGUAGCUGAUGCUGGAGUUGUCAAGCCAGACAUAUAUACAGCAUGUUGCCCCCUCGCCCCUUCUGUAUUUUUGAUGCCAUCAUUGGCUUCAGUAGUGGUGUGAUGCUUUAUUUUUUGUAUGAUUCCUUCCGCCCAUUGCAUGGAAAACCUUUUUUUGGUUCCUUGGAAUGGUUGUAUAAAGAUCUUUUAGUUUCUGGUCUGCAGUGAUGGUGUAGUGUUCUGGGAAACUUAUAUCUUUAGUAUUAUAUUUAAAUAUACUAACUGGCAAAGGUGGCAUGAGGGUUUGGUUUUGAUGUAAUUUCUUGUUUGCUUUCCAAUGCUGUGAAUCCUGUUAUGCAAUGCAGGCAUCCCAAUUCAUCUUUCGAA